UUGAAUUAGUUCGGCCGAACGACAACCUGCUGAACUAAACACGAGUACAUGUAAAAUGUAGUGUUACUAAUAAAAUGGACUAUACUUACAUUAUACAUAUUAUUACAUGCAUACAUUCGAUGCUCAUGUGUGAUGUGACGUCGCUUUAACGGCGUUAUAACGCGGAGCAAAAUGGCGCCUCCACCUGCCAACUAUCCCCUCUCUGAUUGGUCGACUAAACAUGUAGCGCGGUUUUGAUUGGCUCCACGUCGCCGUACGUGGACGUCAACUUCCGGUGAGCGUCCACGAGCAGCCGUGGCGCGCGAGAAGGCUAUCUACAAAGUGCAUGUUCGCGAAGGUCGUAAUGGCUGACACCGCCGACGGGAAUACUGCUGUGAGCAGCCGGCCUCCUGGAGAAGAGGAGCAGGGAGGAGGAGAAGGUGGAGGAGGCUCAGAGGAGGAUGCAGGAGGUGGUUUGACAGAUGCUCAGAGAGAUGUGUUGGAGAGAUGCCUUCAUGCCCUCAAACACGGCAAAAAUGACAGUCACACACUGGCUGCUCUUCUGUUGAUCACUCGUUUGUGCCCAGCAAGCCAACUUGACAAACCCACAUUGAGACGCAUCUUCGAGGCCGUGGGACUCAACCUUCCCGCUCGGCUUCUGGUGACAGCGGUCAGAGGGAGCGAGAGCUCCGCCUUACCCCCACAUGAGCUCCUUUCACUGGGCACAGCUCUGUUGGCUGCCCUGAGCACAGACCCAGACAUGGCCUCCCAUCCCCAGCUCCUUAUCACCAUCCCUCUCCUGCUGGGUAUUUUAGCAAACGGUCCCCUGUCAAACCAGCAGAAACAAGAAGAAGAGAUGGGUCACAGUCAAGAUAAUGAGGGACAGUCAUCAGAGAGGUCAAGCACAGAUAUUACAGUGGAAAUAUCGGCCGGAGAGAGUCACUCCAGCAAGCAAAAAGAAGAUGAUGGCACUGCAUCAAAUGGAGCACCAGCAUCUAAAGAAACGUCAGCAUGUUCCAGUCUUGAUGAGGCCAUGGCUUCCGACUGCUACCAGGUUUUGACCGCUGUGUGUGCUUUACCCAGAGGUCCUGAUCAGUUACUGAGCAGGGGCGCUGUUCUCGCUCUCUGUCAAGCAGUGGCACAAAACCAGACUCUCAGCCAGGAUAAGGGGCUUCCCUUGCUUGGUCGCCUCCUCUCAGGCAAAACCAAAGACAAAGUGUGGAGUAAACACAGUGCAGAACUCCUCACUCUGCUGCUCAGGCUCUGUAAAGAUUUCUGUGAGUCUGCAGACCAGGCCAGAUUGGAUAUGUGUUCCCAGUUGGUGCAGUUUCUCCCCCCAGCAGGAGUGGCGGUGGAUAGUGAGGAACUGAAGGGCGCCAUGAGCCGUGUGUGUGGGGAAUUGAGGCCCAUGAUGCAGGCGAAGUUGACACCGAGGCAGAUCGGGCCGAUACUGGUCCUCAGUGCAUGUCUGCUGGAUUUGUACGGGUGGGAGCUGUUAGGACCGCCAAAGUUCUGCUGCUUACUGGUGAACCGAGCAUGUGUGGAGGUCAGAAUGGGCCUGGAGGAACCGCCUGGUAACAAGCUGAGUCCAGAGCUGCAGCACACACUCACAGGCUGUUACAGAAUCAUGGAGGCUGCUAUAGAGCAGGCGUGCAGUCCAGCAUUGACGCAGACAACUGCACCUUCCCAGAGCUCUGUCUCCUCACUCAGCCUGCAGCAGAGCAGGCAGGUCCUCCGGGUGCUGGAGGAGGCCUUCUCCGCUUUGAUAUACCACCUACAGCAGGUCGAUCCAAAUCAAUAUGGCGACCCUUUUGUAUUUGCCACAUUCCGCUCUCUGUGCUCAUGGCUGGCUGAGGAGACUUCCUGUCUGAAGGAGGAAGUGAUGGGACUGCUGCCUUUCCUGAUUGGAUACAGCCGGAGCCACCUGCAGGGCGAGAGCUCAGAGCAGGGCCUCUCUGACUGGAUGGCUGACAUGUGUGUCUCUGACGAGAGGCUGGCCUGGACCGGCAAAGAACCUUUGAGGUACCUCCUCCCAGCUCUGUGCCACCUGUCGGCAGAGGAAGGUCCCAGGAAAGUGCUGCUCACACUCGACACCCCGGCCCUGCUGGUGGACUACCUGUCCCAGAGCUGGACUUCCCUCAGAGGAAAAGGUGGUGUGGUUUUGGGCAGCGAUCCGAGCAUGGAGACAGUCUGCUCUGCCCUCCUCAACUUCACCGUCACAGAACCAGAGAGAGUCAGGAAAGACCCAUGUUUCAAAACGCUCGAGGCUUUUCUGAGUGAAGCACUUCCCGUGUUGGUGCACAAACCCCGCCUCCUGGUCCUUGCGGCAAAUUACUGCACGUUGGGGCUAAUGAUCGGCCGACUCAAAUUAUCUCCUGCGGCAUCAGCAGAAGCAGGCCAAAGGCGUUUCUUCUCCUCCGCUCUCCGGUUUCUCCGCGGCGCCAUGGACUCCGGCUCCAGCCCCGGCCCGGUGAAGGUGAGCGUCGGCUGGGCGGAGAGCUGGGACGAGGCCGCCGAGCUCUGGAGGUUGGGCCUGCAGGCUCUGGGAGGCUGCGUCCGCGCUCAGCCCUGGAUCACCAGCCUCCUCAGAGAGGAAGGCUGGCUCAAACACACACUCACCAUGCUGGGCCAGUGCAGCGCACUACCUGACCAGCACACACAGGAGGCGCUAGAGGAAGCACUGUGUGCCGUGGCGGAGCAGUGCACGCUCUGUAAGCAGGAGAUUAGAGACAUGAUGACGAGACACGAUAAAGGAGCACUGAGCUGUAUGAGGAACCUGAAGAAGUCGGUGGCAAUGAAGUGAAAAUCAAAUAAGGUCCAACUAAAUAAAUAAAAGCACAGCGGUUUAUGAUGUUUCUGUCGAUCAUAUUUUUCAGUGGAAUUAUUCCCCAAUAAAGAGGCUCAUUCACUAUUUGCAUGACUGGAAAAAAAGGUUUCUUACAUGUGAAUGUGAAAAUGUAAAUGCAUUUAAUAAAGAAUUAUUUUGUCAGAGAACAGAAAA